GUUCCUUCACAAAGUAUGGUGGACUCCAAUUCAAAUACAACACAAAAUGAAGUCACAGGGUAUCAAAGGCCCUUCAUACAAAUUUCUCCAUGGAAACACCAAAGAGAUAUUCAAUAUGAGAAAAGAAUCCAUGUCAAAACCCAUGAGUAAUUUAUCACACAACAUACUUCCUAGAAUUCUGCCUCAUGUCUUUCAAUGGGUUAACAUAUAUGGUAAGAAUUUCCUUAAUUGGUAUGGCCGUCAAGCUCAGUUGGUUGUUACAGAAGCAGAGCUCAUCAAAGACAUAUUGAACAACAAAGAUGAUACUUAUCCGAAAAUAGAUGUUGAAGGCCAUGCCAAGAAGCUAUUAGGGGAUGGACUCUCAUCCUCCAAAGGCGAAAAAUGGGCAAAGUUACGAAAACUAGCCAACCAUGCUUUCCAUGCAGAGAACUUGAAAAGUAUGUUUCCAGCAAUGGUCACAAGUGUUGAGGUGAUGCUAGAAAGGUGGAAACAAUAUGAAGGAAAAGAGAUGGAGGUGUUUCAAGAGUUCAGAUUAUUAACAUCAGAAGUCAUUUCUAAGACAGCUUUUGGAAGCAGUUAUCAAGAAGGGAAAAAUAUUUUUGAGAUGUUGAUGAAGUUGACUUUGAUAGUUUCCAGGAAUGUUCAUAAAAUUAGAUUUCCUGGCAUCAGUCAAAUUUUCAGAAGUGCCGAUGAUAAAGAAUCGGAAACUAUUGAGAAAGGGAUUCGAGAUUGUAUUGUAGAGAUCAUAAAGAAAAGGGAGAAAUUGAAAAUUGGAGAAAUAGAAAGGUGUGAAAGUGAUUUUCUAGGAAAACUUUUGGAGGCAAACCAUGAUAAAGAUAAGGACAAGUGGAUUUCAAUAGAAGAUAUGGUUGAUGAGUGCAAGACAUUUUAUUUUGCUGGGCAUGAAACAACUACAGCCUUACUCAGUUGGACUGUUCUUCUUCUAGCUAUUCAUACUGAUUGGCAAGACAAAGCUAGAAGGGAGGUGCUUGAUUUGUUUGGCCAAAACAAUCCAAAUUCAGAUGGCAUUGCAAGACUCAAAAUUAUGAAUAUGAUUAUUGAAGAAUCUUUAAGAUUGUACCCUCCGGUACCAUUUAUAAAGAGGAAAGUGGACAAGGAAGUUCAAUUAGGGAAGCUUAUUCUUCCUCGACAAAUGGAGUUAUAUAUUUCUCCCUUAGCGCUUCAUCAUGACCCUUUGAUAUGGGGAGAAGAUGUUCAUUUGUUCAAACCAGAAAGAUUUGCAGGAGGGGUGGCUAAAGCUACCAACAAUACAUCAGCAGCAUUUUUGCCCUUUGGUUUUGGACCUCGAACUUGUGUGGGCUUGAAUUUUGCAGUCAUUGAAGCAAAGAUAGCACUCUCCAUGAUUCUGCAACGAUACAUGCUUACCUUAUCCUCAGCUUAUGUCCAUUCCCCGAUUCAGAUUUUCAUGGUUCGCCCACAACAUGGACUUCAAAUCAUAAUUCAUGAAAUAUAAGUGUGGACAUACAAGUGAAUUGAGUAUAAUGAACCCCAAGGUGUAUGGAGCAAAAUGACACAGGAAAACAAAUUUAGAAACUACUAUCGUAAUUUGUCCUUAUUUUUAAUUUUUUUUACAUGCAAUUUAUUUUUACUUUCUUUGGAGAAAAUAAAAGAACUUGUUUCACUUUUAUGCAAAUAAA